AUGGCCUCUCAGAAGCUCCCCGAGGCACCAUCUAUGAUGAAACCCUCUCUGCGCGGUAUUUGGUAUGACUCUCUGGAUUGGGAACAUUUACCCGCCACCCCGAUUCUCAGUAUCUUCCAAUUUGAGUUUCUAUCACUUGUAAAUCUGGAGGAUACUUCACAGACGGUCUCAGUUCUCUGGCGAAAGUCUGUGGAGUUUGCGUCGACACUCCCGGGCUUCCAAGGACUCUAUUGGGCUCCAGUCAAUCAAAGUGCCGUCAUGGUCUUGAUUUAA